UAUAUAUAUAUAUAAUACACACAUGCAUACCAAGGCCUGAAACAACCAUCACAGAAGAAGGCUAAUGGCUGAGAAAAAAUCCUGCUUUGAAGACUAUUAAAAUAUUUUUCAGCAGAAAGAAAAUGAAAAUAGUUGCAGUAUUACUUUUCACAGUUUCUCCAGUUAUUUUAGUUACAAUAGAUGGAAACUACUCUUCCUUUGAACAAAAUCCUCCUGAGACAAAACUGAGGUUCGCAAUGUUAGAUGAUGUGCGGUUAUUAGCCAAUGGACUACUUCAGCUUGGGCGUGGGCUUAAAGACUUCGCUGUCAAGACCAAGGGGCAAAUGGAUAACAUUUUUCACAAGCUGAACAUUUUUGACCAGUCCUUUUAUGAACUCUUGCAACAAACACAAGAAAUUAAGGAAGAAGAGAAGCAACUCAGAAAAACGACUUCCAGACUGCAAGCCAACAAUGAAGAAAUAAAGAAUUUAUCUCUAAAGCUGAGUGCUAAGAUCAAAGUCCUUUCACAAGAGAAGAUCCAGCUUCAAGAUAAAGUAGGGGGGCUGGAAGAAAAACUCACUAAACUGUUUCACACCCAGCCUAAAAUUCAAGAAUACGAAGAAACUGUAUCACUUAAAAACUUUGGGCAGAAUCAGGACAACAACCUUCUUGAAGUUCUUCAAGCCCAACAUGUCCAACUUGACAAACAACAAAAGCAAAUACAAGCACUGGAAGAGAAGCUAAACAAUACAGGCUUUCAAGAUGACAUACAGAUUUCAUUUCCUCUAAACACAGAUGAAGCAAAGAAUACCCACGCUAACAUAACAGCUAAAGCUCAGGAUUAUAAAGGCAAUGCUACAGACUGCACUUGGAUUUACAACAGAGGUGAACAAUCCAAUGGCAUUUAUUCUAUUAAACCAAACAGAUCCAAGGCAUUUAACGUAUAUUGUGAAAUGAAAACUGAAAGUUCAUGGACAGUCAUCCAAAACAGAGUUGAUGGAUCUCUAGAUUUCAACCAAACCUGGGAGAGUUAUAUCAAUGGUUUUGGCAACCUUGAUGGAGAAUUUUGGUUAGGCCUACAUAAGAUCUACUCUAUUGUACACCAAGCUGACUACAUCCUGCGCAUUGAGUUGGAAGACUGGAAAGCUAACAAACGUUAUAUUGAGUACUCAUUAAUAAUGGGAGGUCCAGAAACAGAUUACGCUGUCUGUCUUGCAAAAAUUACUGGGAACAUUCCAAGUGCUCUGCCUGAACAGAAAGAAGUGAAAUUCUCUACAAUAGAUCAUGGGAACAACACUGAAGGAAACAUCAAAUGUCCAGAGGAUUAUUCAGGUGGUUGGUGGCAUGACAAAUGUGAAGAAACAAACCUGAAUGGAAAAUAUGCCAAGUCAACUCCAAAAGGCAAACUCGAAAGAAGGAAGAGAAGGCUUUAUUGGAAGCCUCACAAAGGAAGAUCUUACCUUCUCAAAGCAACCAAACUGAUGUUACAUCCUACAGAGUUUGAAAAUUUUGACUGAACAACUUUACUUAGAUUUUACUCAAUAAAACCCAAACAACUGCAAUUCAAGCACAGAAACAAAUUAGAUCAAA